AUGGCUCUCCUCCAAUUCAUCAGUGCUGGCCUUCCUCGAGUUCAAGUACCUACUACGGUGCAUAGCGAUCACCUUAUUGUCGCGGAGUAUGGAGCAGAGGAAGACCUUUCACGCGCAGCGAACGAGCACAGUGAGAUCUACUCGUUCCUGGGGAGCGCGGCGAAGAAACAUGGCAUUGGGUAUUGGAAGCCCGGUGCGGGCAUCAUCCAUACGACGAUCUUCGAACAUUAUGCCUUUCCCGGUGGACUCAUCAUCGGUACCGACUCUCAUACCCCUAACGCUGCUGGUAUGGGAAUGGUGGGCAUUGGCGUCGGUGGCUCGGACGCUGUCGACGCUAUGGCUGGUAUGCCUUGGGAGCUGGUCUGUCCCAAAGUCAUUGGCGUGCACCUCACCGGCGCGCUCAACGGUUGGGCUUCUUCUAAGGAUAUCAUCUGUAAGCUUGCCGGUAUUCUCACGGUCUCUGGCGGCAAGGGAAAGAUCAUCGAAUUCUUCGGGCCCGGUACUGAAACCUUGAGCGCGACGGCUAUGGCCACUGUGGGGAACAUGACCGCGGAGGUGGGCUCGACGUCGUGUGUAUUCCCUUAUUCACCCGCCAUGUCUCGGUACCUUGUCGCGACCAACCGGGUGGAUAUUGCAAACCAUGCCGAUGCUUUCAAGCAGGAUCUCCUUACAGCCGAUGAGGGAAGUGACCGCUACUACGACGAGAUUAUCGAAAUGGAUCUCUCUACACUUGAGCCGCACAUCAACGGACCCUUCACUCCUGAUCUAUCGCACCCGCUUUCCCAGCUUAGGAAGCACGUUGCAAGAAGUUCGUGGCCUGUGGACUUGAGCUGCAGCCUAGUUGGAAGCUGUACGAAUAGCUCCUACGAGGACCUGGUCAAGGUUCGCAACCUCGUCUUGCAGGCCAAAGAAGCUGGCAUGGACAAGGCCAGGAUCCCUUUCCUCGUGGCACCUGGCAGCGAACAGAUUCGCGCGACAGCCGAGGCGUCGGGUAUCUUGAGCGCCCUACGAGAUGCUGGCGCCACGGUACUCAGUAGCUCAUGCGGUCCUUGCGUUGGUCAAUGGGAUCGCAAGGAUGUUGAUGUGGCCGACGCAGAAAUCAAUUCAGUCAUUUCGAGCUUCAACCGGAACUUCACAGGCCGCCACGACUCAAACCCAGGCACCCACUCUUUCGUCACGUCCCCGGAGCUUGCUACCAUAUUUGCCUACGCUGGGAAGCUGACCUUCAAUCCCGAUACGGAUUCGAUCCCACUCUCGGCUGCUGGGACGACAGUCUCGGCUGCUGGGACGACAGCAAUACCAAGCUUCAAGUUUAUGCCGCCCGAGUCCCAUGAACUCCCAAACAUCUUCUCUCCAGGCGAGGAUAGGUUCCAGCCCCCUGUGCUCACGUCCACCGACGAACUGACGGUGGACAUACACCCACACAGCGAUCGCUUGCAGCUCCUCGCACCUUUCAUGCCCUGGCAGGAUGGCAACGCUAGUGACAUGAAUGUUCUCAUCAAGGUAUCUGGCAAGUGCACAACUGACCAUAUAUCUCCAGCGGGGCCCUGGUACAAGUAUCGCGGCCAUCUUGAAAAUAUCAGCAACAACAUGCUGCUUGGAGCGACCAACGGAUUCCUGCCGGGCGGCUCGUCGACGAGUGUCGGCCGAGCCAGAGAACCCACCACGGGCGAGGUGAAGCCGGUGCCUGACGUAGCACGGUCGAUGCGCGAUAGGGGAAUGCGAUGGUGCAUUAUAGCCGACAACAAUUACGGCGAAGGCAGUUCCAGAGAGCACGCAGCGCUAGAGCCACGAUUUCUGGGUGGCACGGCGGUUAUUGCGAAAAGUUUUGCACGCAUCCACGAAACGAACCUCAAGAAGCAGGGCAUGCUGCCGCUGACAUUUGACGACCCAGUAGACUACGACAAGAUCAUUGAGGGUGACACGGUUUCGCUCAUUGCCGUUGACGAAGGACAGCUGGAGCCUGGUAAGCCGGUCACCAUGAAGGUGCGAAGGAGAGACGGGUCAGCAUGGACGGCCCAACUCAACCACUCGUAUCACGCUCAUCAGAUCUCGUGGUUGCGAGCCGGGAGCGCGCUGAACCACAUGAAAAAUACGGUGCUUGGUCAAGUAUGA